UAUUUAAAGGGUGUUAAAAUAUGUUAAUAUAUUAAAAUUAAUACUUCAAGUAUUAAGAUCCUUCGUAUCAUACUUCCAAUUACCGACACUAUAAGUGGAUUUCUUCGCCACCCUUUCUAAGUGUGUUGCUUCAAAAGUCCAACAUGAAGUUCAUAUUUAUUGUUGCGGUGAUGUCCUGUAUAUAUAUGUAUACGAAUCAAGAACAUAUAGAAGGAUUAGAAGACGUGGUAGUUUAUAGAGCAGAAAGACCAAAGAAAACUAAACGCGAAGUUGAGGAGACAAAUGCGAGCAUGCAGUCACAUUUCCUCCACUUCAUCGAAGAAAAGUUAAUAGAGCACACUGAAGCAUUAGAAAGUAUUUUUAAAACAGCAGCAAACAACGAGGAAUUGUUAAGGGAACUGAAAGAAAAUUUUUCAAACAACAUGGAUCAGCCUAAAAUGCCUGAAAAGAUCCAGGAACAUCAACCUACGAGGAGGAGCUCGAAUGUAGAUUCAGAGAACUCCCUGGUUAAAUUUGGAAAAGGGUUUCCAACUUAUGGAAGCCUGUCAAAAGACAUAAUAAUGCGGAGGUUUGAACCAGAUGAAAUGCCAAAAGCACUUGUUGAAAAUUCCAUAGAGACCCGUGGAGAUUAUGGAAGAAACCCGCUAAUAACUCAAAGUAAAAAUUAUCGCAGUCCGAGUCCGUGGUGUUCCAUCGCAGUACUAUGCCACAGGAAAUUUAACCCUAUCUGUGGAUACGAUGACAACUUUGGAUAUGGAAAAUUUGACGAUCUUUGCCAUAUGUUACAAGUUAACUGCUAUUGGAAAUACAAUUUUGCUCUUGUGCCGUCUUGCAGACCAAUAAUGAAAAAGUAGAAUUCAUGACUUCAAAUAUUUAUUUAAUAAAUUAUGCUAAUAA